AUGGUUCUCUCCAAAGCGGCUCUCCUGAGCCUCGCAGCUCUGCCUGCCACCCAGGCCUUUUUCCUCAUUCCUUGCUGGCCGCUGUCGACUCAGCGCCUCGACCCCAUCGUCUACCCAGGAGAACCUGCCUCGCAUUUGCACUCCAUCGUGGGCGGUAAGGCGUUUGCGCCUGUCAUGGACUACAACACCACCCAAACCUCCGAGUGCACCACCUGUAUGGUCAGCAAGGACAAGUCCAACUACUGGGUCGCAUCUCUCUUCCACCAGAACGGAGACUCUUUCGAGCUGGUGCCCCAGCAUGGCUCUGCCUCCCUGUACUACCUCAACGAGAAGACGCGUCUUGGCUCUGGUGAGAAGAUGGAGCCCCUUCCCGUGGGUCUGCGCAUGCUCGCUGGCGACCCCGAGAAACGCUCCGGCAGCCAGGCAUUCGAGGAUCAGGCCAUCAACUACAAGUGCUUGAACUACAAGGGCACCCCAACCGACUCGAAGGGCUUCCCUGACCAGAACUGCCCUGAUGGUCUCCGUGCCGAAGUCACCUUCCCCUCGUGCUGGGACGGCGUGAACCUCGACUCCGAUGACCACCAGUCCCACAUGGCCUAUCCUACCGUCACCUUUGAGGCUGGUGCUUGCCCGUCUACCCAUCCCCACCACUUGGUUACCGUCAAGAUGGAGGUCAUCUUCAAGACUUUCGACUUCCCCUUCAGCGGCAAGAAUCCCUUCGUCUGGUCCACUGGUGAUCCCACUGGUUUCGGUCUGCACGCCGAUCUCCUGAUGGGCUGGGACUACGAUCUCCUGUCCCGGGCCGUCGAGCAGUGUGACAACCCGUCCGGCAGGAUCCAGGACUGCGCGCCUUUCGCUGGCCUGAUCCCCGAGAGUCAAGUCUACCUCGACCCUAAGACCUGCGAGAUCGACUCGUACGUCAACGAAGACUACUCAGGCAAACUCUCCAAGCUUCCCGGCUGCAACACGAUCGAGUUCGGCCCCGGCCGUGCGAGCAAGCAAAACUGCGCUGACGGCGCCUCCCUCAAGGGUGACUGGUCCGACUACACGGGCGGCAUUGCUGGCGCCGUCAACUCGAUCGGCAACCACAUCUCCUCCGCCGUCGCCGGCAUCUUCCCCGGCUCCGGCGCCGCCCCCACCGGUGCCCCCGCCCAGUUCUACGAGAAGCCCGCCGGUGACGCUGCGCCCGCACCCGAAGCGGCCAAGGCUGUCCCCUCUGUUCACGCUGACGCAAACGGCAACGUCGUUACCGACUGGGUCUACGUCACCGAGACCGUCACUGUCACUGGCGCAGCGCCCGCGUCGACCGGCGGCUGGAACGACGCCGCCAAGCGGGACGCCGAGGAGCACAUCCACAAGCACCGCGGCCACGCGCGGCGGUCGUUCUAA